ACGGAAUAAAGCAAGCUUCAUAGCAGAACAUGGAGCUCGUCGGGGUUUUCCUAUUUAGUUACUACAGUCUAGCGCUGUUUCUUUUGACGCACGCAAUACCCUACAGCCCUUGGCUUUCACCACAACGCCAUGGACCGCUGUACGAAGGUGUCAAACUGCUGAUUGCCGACGUCGAAUUACAGGCAGCGCUUUCAUGGAAUGAAACCGAAUUUCAGCUACAGGAAGCCGUUUCUGCCAUAUAUGAGCAACAGACAUCGAUUGAGGAGUAUGAAGCUCCGACCGAGGAGCAUUUCAACCAGCGCGCAAACACCGCUUAUGUGCACUGCUACUCGCGGCAUGAGCAUACCAUUCAAUCUUUGGAUGGCGAGAUUACACUGAAGCGCCAGCUGUGUUGGCAAGUAUUGGCACACAAUUUGGUCGCCCUGCAAAAUGACCACAACUCGGCGCUGAAUUUUCUACGCAACGGAGCUGUGGAAGCACGUAAUGUGCUUAAUGUUUGUAAUGUAACUGCUCUUAGGGGAAGUUCGAAUUCCAGCGAUCAUGCUGGUAUAACUUUAUGCGUUAUUGGACGUAUAGGCGCACUUGAUCAGCGUUUGCUAGCUGCAGCUGAGCACUUUGCCGAUCUACUUGCUACCAAGGUAUCCACAGAAGACGACGCUGAAGAUAACAGCUGUUUGGAGUUUGAGGAGCUACGUCAACAACUCGAUAGGGCUUAUGAAGACAUAAGUGAAUGUGUAGAACAGUCAAAUAUUUAA